GUUAUUCUAAGUUGGUGGAAAGGAUCCAUAAAAUAGAUACUAUUCAUUCAAUGGUUAAUUCCAUAGACCAGUCUUAAGAUUAGGAUCAGGAUCAUUCUUUGAUACAUUAGAAGAAUACAAUCCAUUCUGUUUAAGAUUGUUCAAGUAAAGGUUUGAUUAGAGCAGUCUCAGCCAAGGCUUCAUAAUUCAAUGGAAAUCCAGUUAAUUCUGGUGACAGAUUUGGAACAACUGAAUAAUACUCUGUUCAAGGAUGGUUCAAAUGGAAUGGUAAGACAUCUGGAAAAGAUUAAUUGUUAUUCAGAUUGACAUCAACUCUAGCUGGUGAAGAUGCUCUCAAUUUUGAUACACUCAGUUGUUACUUCGAUACUAGAGAUUAAACUCUUAACUUCUACACAUAUACCUACACUGAUUAAUUAGGAUCUGGAAACCCAGAAGUUAGAUAGAUUGUUGAAGGAAAAACCUUUGUCAAAGAUUGGUUCCAUAUUUACUUUGCUUAUUCUAGAAAGAGUAGAUAAGCUGAUGUCAUUGUUGAACAUUCAUAAGGAAAGGGAGCUUUGUCAUUCAAGAAUGUCAACCAUUAUGUUGCUCCAUCACUUAUUCUUUACUAUGGAAAAGAUCAAUUGACAGAUGCUUUCGAAGGAUUUAUUCAAGGAUUGAAUCUUUUCGCAUGCGACAUUACUUAUCAACCAACUCCUAAGCCAGUCGAAGAUUGCACACCAAUGAAAGAUCCAAUCUGUUUAGCUGGUGAUUAAUAUGAAAAUGUUUCAUUGACCAAUAUUGAAAACGUUGUUCAAGAAUUAGAGAAAAGAAAGUAAUUGAUGUAAGAUAAGUAAUUUGUUUUACCAACUACUUAAUGCUUCUGUUUCCCAUAAUAAGGAAAGAAAGUUCUUCCAUAAAGAUAAGAAGGUUUGCUUGAAAUCUACGAUGAUGAUGAGGAACCUUAAUAAUAAGAUGUCGUUGAAGUAUGAGUGUGUCAUUGAUAUUAUAAUAAAACCAUUAUCAAUAAAACUAUUAAUGAAA